UAAAUAUUUCUUACUGAAAUUAAAUUUAAUUAUUUAGAAUAAAAGAAGAAUGUGUGUAAGUUCUAUCGAUGCUAAUUUACCGUAGUGAUCCAGAAAAUCAUAAGGCAGAUACAAUUUCUAGUAGUUAGAUUGCAGUAUGAUGGCGCUAGUAGGUAAAACCAAGCGAAAUAUGAAACGUUCAAUUAUUUUCUGAUUCACGCGAUGCAUUUGUGUCAUCGUGUCUAACCUGUGUGAAAAGGAUUCAUAGCAAUAGUGGAAGGAAAAUAAAACAAUCUCUUGACAGGUGCCACCACGAAAAGAAAAAUGGCAAAAUGUUUAGGUUGUGGAUACUUUCUAAUAUUUCUUAUCGUAAAUUUAGUGGGUGCAGAAAGAAUAAAAGAUAUGAUUUAUAUGAAUUUUGAAGGAGUUGCUGCCUGUUUUCGUAGACACAAUGGAACACAUCAAUUUGGAUGUUCUUCAAGUAGGUCAGGAAGUGUUGGUGUUAUUCACUUAGUGGAAGAUGAAAAUGAUAUCAGAUGGCUUGAACACAAUGCUAAUGUUGGAGAUUAUACUGUAAUUCUUACAUUUUCUAUGUUUACCAGAGACAUAUUACUUCGUUUAAGAAAUACACAUAAUAUAAAUGGAGUUUUAUUAACUAAAAAUACCAGUCAACCACAUCCUGAAUAUUAUUCUCCUGAAGAUACUUGUCCCAAUCGAUAUUCAGGCUAUAAAAAGUGCCAGGAUUUGGGGUGGAAUCCUUAUGGAUCCUCAUUGCUCAUGGAAGAUUGGCCUUUUCCCAUGUUUUAUACAGAGAAUCAAACACUGAUAGAAGCUGUAAAAUCUUGUUUUUUAAAACAUAAUGCUCCUGAUAUGGAAAAUCAACAGUACAGACCACUGUGUGCACUAGAAAUGAAGUCAUUCAUGUUUGCUGCAAUUAACUCUGAAUCUUGUAUUAAACGUAGUGAUUUUAAAUUGAACUUCAAUCCUACACAAUUUUGUGAUCCUUUAGGAGAUAGGAAUAUAUAUUGGCCGUUAGCUCCCAUAAAUAGAGAUAAAAACUCCAUAAUAUUGGUGACAGCUAGAUUAGAUGCAUCUUCUUUGUUUGAUGGAAUAUCACCUGGAGCAGGCAAUGUGGUCACAGGAUUAGUAACAUUACUUGCUACAGCUUAUUAUUUAAAUAUAUUAGCUAAGGAUGCUGUAGUGAAAAACACUAAUGUGGUUUUCUCUUUAUUAAAUGGAGAAGCUUUUGACUAUAUAGGAUCUAGUAGAUUCAUUUAUGAUUUAAAAGAAGGUAAUUUCAAUGCAUUAGGUGGAGUAAAUUUAAAGUUUGAUGACAUUAAAACUGUGAUCGAAUUUGGCCAACUGACUAAAGGAAAAUUAUUUCUUCAUUCUAAUAAUGCGCAAAAUGACGAAAUGAUAAAAAAGAUACAAGUAGCGUUAAAUGCUACGGUUUUGGAAGACAGCGUUCCGCCUACGUCUAUACAGAGUUUCUUAAAAGAAAAGCCAGAUUUGACUGCUGUUGUUAUAAGUGACCACGGUCGACAAUUUAAAAACAAAUAUUACAAUGGGAUUUUGGAUGACGCAGAAAGUCUUAGCUUCAAUAGGAGCGACAUAAAUGGGCUUGCAACUGCUCUAGCAAAGAUAGCAGUUCAUGUCGCUGAAAUCCUUUACAAAGAUGUAGUCAGUACCGGGUCUCUCGACGAUUAUGAUUCUUUCCAAUCUGUUGAACACCAUAUUUUGGAAAUGUUGAAAUGUUAUUUAGAAAGUGCUAAAUGCCCUUUGUUUCAUGCUGCUUCGUCUCCAAACGCUAAAUUAAUUAAUCAAGUUUUAUCGCUAUACGUUGGUGUACAUAGGGUACCAAAUAUUGCCACAACACUAACUGGUCAACUUCUUGCAUAUCUGACUAGAGAGGAAGUUGCAAAUAUGACAGAAACAACAUGUUAUGAAAACCACCUUAUUUGGAUGGCUGGUGAUAAUAAUUCAGGUUUAUGUAUAAAUUCCAGUGUAAAUUAUAGCACAGCUAUGAGUCCAGCAUUUAUUAUUGAUGGGUAUGACAUGAAAUCCGGAGUGUAUUCAACAUGGACAGAAUCUAUAUGGCAAACAUUAAGUGUAAGAAUGUUCCUGAAACCUUCAGCAGCUACCGAACAACUCACUAUGAUUUUAGGAAGUUCAGUAGCUGGUAUAUCAUUUGUACUCGUAUGGUUCAUUAAUUCCCGAGCGGAUAUAUUAUUUAAUUCAAGAAAUUUGUUUUAGAAGAGCAAUAAACUGCUAGGGAUACGCUGCGGACCACAUAUCAAUGGCCAGGUUGGAUUACUAUCAAGAAGACGAGGAUGUUCCAGUAACUAGCCUUUGAAUGUAUGUGUGGUACGCUCUCGGACAAUUUUUAUACCUCAAUGUUGAAAUAUAUUAUGAUGCCACCGAUGUUUAAUUCCGAUAUCAUCGUGAUGUUUCGACGGCUAUUUAAUCAAACUUUUGCACCUGUUGUUAGUAUAAUGAGAACGGAUGUGCAUCCGCUUAAUUUGUCACGUCCCUUUCUCUGAUAUUACCGAUGAUUAUACAUAUACAACACAUUCGACCAUAAACAUUUUUAUAAAUGUGCGUCAUGUGUAUGAAAUGAAACGAUGCAAUUUUUUUUUAAUUCUGUAACAAAAUUAAUAAGAGAGUAUUACUCCUGUAUUUCGAGAUAAUCGGGGUACACUAGCACUAGAAAGUUUAUUGAAUUUUUGGUCUCAUUAGGAUUUUUUUUGUAUGCAAUGAUUAAACGUAUAUAUAUAUAUGUAUAUACAUAUGUAUAUACAUAUGUAUAUACAUAUAUAUAUACACACGUAUUUUAUUUAUACGCAUAAUUACAUAUAACAUUUACAGCUAGUAUGAUCAAUAUAAUACUUUGAACGAUUAUUAUUUAAUUUCAUGCCCAUUUUUCAUGAACAUUUAGUAUUGUAAAUGUCAUGCAUGUAUUUGACUCAUAUUAUAGUGAAUCGUUGAUUAUUUGCAGUACAUUUAUCGAGAUUUUAUAGGUAAUAAUUUUUGUAAUUAAUUUUAUAUUUCUCUGUUUAUUUAUUAUAGUUAUCCUAUAUCGGUAAUGAAUCGAUGUUAGUGCAGGAUAUUUAAUUUGUUUAACACAAUUAUUGCUCACGAUACCUAAAACUAGACGAUUGUACGAAAUAUCGAAAUGCGAUAAUAAUGUAAUAUACAUAAUGUAAUCAAGUUUCUUUGCCAAUUGUUACGAUAAGAACUUUAAGAAUUUAUUUAAUAGAGAAAUUUUCAAUUGCAAUAAAUAUUUUUUCUGAUUAAAAGGCAAUUUAUGGUUGUAUAUUCACUAUCUCAUGUUUUUAACGUGUUUUUUGCAUAUUUGCAAUAUUUAUUUUUUAAUUAAUAGUUUUCCCUAAUUUAUAAAAUUUAGAUUAUUCGAUGUAGGAAGUGACGCAACAAAAUUAUGUAAAGCAUAAUUGAAGAUUGGAGGAUUCUUUUGUCAGAGAUUAGAACGAAUUGUUAUAAGAAAAUUCUACUCAAAGAUAUUUGUAAAUAUAUACACCAAUUUGUACGUAUUUUAUAAAAACAAUGUAAGUACAUUAUAAGAGAGAUGUUUACUAAAUUCUUUGAUUCUUUAUUAUAAUCUAAACUGUAAACAAUUAACUGUGAUUAUUUGCAAUUCCAUACUAUUUUUAAAAUAUACGAAUAUGAUGAGCAAUAUAUGUAUAUUUGAUUGGUAUUUUGUUUAAUGUAUAAGUUACAUGGUCUUACUAUCAAUAAUAAAAUACUUUGUAUGAUAAAUCUACAAAUUUAAAUUUUGCUUAAAUUUUUCUAAUAUAUUAUUAAGACACAUUCUUUUUUAUAGAAACGUUUGUUUUUACAUCGGUCAGUUAAUUUUUCAUAUCAUUUGAUAUAUAAUUAUUUAUUGGAAAACUGAUUAUCAAUAUCUUAAGGUUAUGAUAAAAAUCAGAAACAUGUAUUGCAAGCGUGAUGGCGUUUAUUAUUAAUAAACAACUUAUUUAACAGGACCUUGAUGUACACGAGAGAGAAGUAUUCAUGUUGUUUACUUAUGCUUUCUUUUUAGUAUGUACGUAAUACGUUUAAUUUAUGACUUAAAAUUUCAAGUUAGGAAUGGACCUACGAAAGUCCUGUAGUUUAAUAUUAUCAUAUACAUGCAGUAUUGUACAAACAUUUGUUAAUGUACAUUUAAAUAUCUUUAAAAAGGUACAGAAUAUUUCUUCUAGGGAUUUUGUGAAUAUUUAUAAAAUACAUGAACUAAAACAUAUUUCUUACAAAUAUUUGUAUAGUUCAUUAUUAUUUAAGGAGUAACAAAAUAUAACGAAAUUAAAAAAAAAAUAGAGAAUACGAAAUUACAACAAGGAUAAUGUUAGGAAAGCGGGUAGCCUAAAAUUUGAGUUGUCCUAUUUUUUUCGUAUCACAUUUAUAGUAGAACAAUAUAAAUCAAUGCACGUAUACAACAUAAAAAGUUUAAAAGAAGUACUUUAUCCUAGGGUGUUUCCUGAUGAUAUCAGAUAUUAACGGAAUAACAGUACAAAAUAUUGUAAAACAAGAUGAGAAAUGUAACAUGUGAAAUAUACAUUAUCUUUAGUAUGUUAGUUAUAAAAGUCCAUGGAAGAUAAACAAAUAAUUCAACGAACUCAGGCAGUCAAAACAUGAAACUUAAUCUUGUACCAAAAAAACUCUUAUUAUCAUCACACUUUUCGGUCCAUUCCUAUCUUCUCAAAUAUUUUAGAGCUUGCACUUCAAUCACUAAUGCAACAUUAGAGAUUUACUUGGAAGUCCGUCCUCAUGCACCUGGAAGGAUGAAAAUGUUCAUACGUUUUGGAUUUCUAUAUCCCUAUUUAUAUUUUAAUGUAAACAAUUAUAGUAUGUGUAUGUUUGUAUAGUAUAAUUAUAAUAAAUGUAUAUCUACUAUUAAUUAUUCUAUUUACAAAAUAUAUGAAAUAUUCAAUUCAAACAACUCGUUGGUUUUUAAAUACGUCCAAGUUACUUUUAAAACAAGCACUCUCAAUAGGAACCACUGAUCACAAGCAAAAACUUAUAAAGGGCAAAAAGAACAAUCCAAGCAAGCCUACGGACCAAGCACUAAGUUCUCUCAAUGCAAGCUCUAACAUAUACAUUCAAUCCUUUCUGGUAAAUGUUUCUACUUGUGUAUUUAGUCUCUGAUUUUUGUAUCUUGUGUAUAUGUAUGGUGUGUUUGUAUGUGUGUGUCUUUGAAGUAUUCCAUAAUUUUCAGUAUACAAGUAUGAAGUAGGAGGCUGGGCACCGCCCACCGAGUUAUCACAGUCGUCUGGUGCCGCAGCACAUACGUAUACGUGGUUCAGCCUUACAACCUACCUCUUAAUCUACCAUUACUUUAUAAUUAUACUUAGUCGAGAGUGUACAGUAUAGUCCCGUACCAGGUGAUUUGACGCGAUACGAGCUGACGAUUCUUAGUUCUAUUUUCUUAGGGAGAGUGCGCAUUUAUUGCUGGUACUUAUAAACACAGACGAACUAACUGGUACGAACGAUCGUAGACCAUUUUUAUUAAUCGCUGAUCCAGUUAGAGAUAAAAGCAAAGUAGAAAAAUGCUAUUAAAUAAUAUAUAGUUCGUCAUAUAAUCGAAUCAGCGUUUUUUUCGUUGAUUUUCUUUUUUUUUCUUCGCAACCAUUGUCCACAAUCGUUCGCCCCAUUUAUUUUUGUUUCACUUACAUCACUACACCGUAUAUGGAGCUAUACUGUAAUAAAAGCUGUCUUCAACUGAUGAUAUCGUUUUACUAAGCCUCGAUUAACUUGCUUCUUUCCCUUAGAACAUGUUUAACAGUUUCGAGCAGCCGGAUAAGACACUGGCCAACUAUUAGAAUAGAAAUCAGUUUGUCUCGAACAAUGCUCGGAAAAAGCUCGUAAGCCACUAAUGGAAGCACUUUGUGCCUGUUUCGGCUAUGUACAUCGAUUAUAUACCGGAAGAAAAGUAUAAUACCAAUUAAUAGCAAAGUAAAUAUCAAUAGACCUAAUCAAUAAUUUUUAACUUUUCGCUCCUCUGAGUACAUUGAGAAUCGACCGCAUAGUUUACAUUAAUAACUAUUAUUUGUUCUUUUCUUAUCUUUGCACAUCUAUAACCUAACUUUAUCGUUUCAUCUUGUCCUUUUAGGAAGCGAUCAAUGAUCAAAAAAUGACCAAAAAUCGACUACUUAUGCGGGCUAUCCUCUAUGCGUUUUAAUCAGUGGACUAGCGUUCGUUUCUUAGUCAUAUACUUGUUUACAGAUUAUAAUAUUAUUAUUACCUCGCACAGAAAUUAAGAGAGUGCUGUAUAUUAGGAAUCACUGACACCAACAUAGCUUAUUAAGAAAUUUUAUGAAAUUCAUUUCAAACGAAUCAUUAUUUCAUUCUCAUUCUCCUAUUAUCCGGUGGAACUCGAUAACGCUCCCCAAUAUCACCUUAACAUAUUUUACGGAUCGAUAAGGGAUGAUUGAAUACAGAAAAAUAGUCUUCAUUGCAGGCAUUAAAAGAGUAGAGAAAAUCGUAAAAGAAAUAUGAAAAUUAUUGCUAAUAGUAAGUUGCGUUUUUAGAUGCGAUUACACUUCUACAUUUGAAUGAUUGUUUAAAAAAUGCUUGUUCUUUUAGAAUAGCGUUUCGAAGGCAGUCGAGGAUCUCAACAGUGUUGAAAAUGCGAUGGACGGAACGCUUGGAAAUAAUUGAAGGACAAUCGAAGACAAGUACGCAGGAAGAGCAUCGUAUGUAUGUACAUGAUUAAUCGUCAUCGAACUUAAAACAACGUUGAUUAAGUGAUAAAAAUCUUGAAACUCGUUUUCCGUUCAAUUUUCUCUGAUUCUUUCAAGUAAAACAUUUUACAUGUCGCUAACUAUUCAGCACGCGCAAUCUGGAGGACACUUUCAGUAAAACGCAACCGAUCAUAUGCAGACAGCGAAUGUAUGAACACUUAUAAUCCUAAGAUGGCAUGUGCUUGUCGUCGAGCCUUAGACUUUUUUUCUCUGUUGUAUUUUUUCAGUUACAAGAAAAUGUAUUGUUAAUCAUAUUUUUCUUCAAUUUUUCCUGUUUUCUCUUGAUUUCUGUUUGAAGAGAAAUCACAUUAAACGUUCUUCUCCUUUA